ACUCGCUUGACAUCCCGUCAUGAGUUCGGUCAAGUUGGGAUGCUGCCUCGGGGUGGCACUCGUCGUCGAUGACAUUCACAAGGGAUGUAACCUAGCCUUCCGGUACCCCGCCCCUCAAAGCGACAGUCACGUGUCUGCCUUUCACCGCUUGAGUUCCGCACUUGUCGCCAAGCUCUUCCGCCCGAAGAACGUCCUGUGCAACCAAACGUUUCAACUUGUGAUCGACGACCUCCGAUUCAUCAGUCACCCUGUAACGAUCAACGAGCCGACGUCGAAUGCAAACCCAGCGCCGUCGUCGACAAAUGCGACCUGCACAGGAACUGCGUCGUCGUCUGGACGGCGCGAUACGUCCAUGUUUAACGUCAUCUUUGCCCUCGACGAUGCCAAGCUCGACGGAAUGCUAGCGUCAUCUUCACAAUCACCUCCGUCGUCCUCGCAACGGGACAAAAAAGUCAACGCAUUUGCCCAAGUCGCGUCCCAACUCGCCCACGCGCUCAUGCACGAGGAAGCGCGCGUGGGGUUCGUCACCACCGAAGUGCGUGAGUUGCUGCACAUUCGCGACGAAAUCGCUCAAAACGAACGGCAACUUGCGCUACAUUCGUCCGACAACAAUCCGAACGGAGGCGGCGGUGGCGGGAACAACGGGGGCAAUAGCGGAGAUAAGGACACAACUGAUGUCGAGGUCGACCCUCAAACACUCAUUGACGUCGCCCUCGGCAAGAGCAUUCUCGCCAAUGACCUCAAGGCCAUUUACCACGGACUCGAAGAAGACGGCGCCGUCCACGUGCUUUUGAAUCGGUGGGUGCAGCUCUCGCUAACACUGGACGACGCGACCACCGUCCACAUCACGUCCAUGCGGCCGUACCACACCCUGCUGCUCCUCCAUGACAACGACAAGGUCCUCGAGGCGCUCCCAGCCGAUGCGUCGCCUCAACUCCGCCUCCUCAUCAGCGCGCAUAACCCCCUCCGCGACUUCCAGGAACUCAUGCUUGAAACGGGCCUUCCUUUGAAACAACUUUUCCGGCUUGCGGCGCACUUGGUUUACUGGGGCGUCGCCAAGGUGAUCGAGGCCGUCACCAUGUACAACGUGUACCACGUGAACCCGACUGCGACCAACGUGCACAGCCAGUCGGCGACCGCACUCGAGUUCCGUCGCAAGUUUACCUCCAUGGAGCUGCCCGAAGUGCUCGCGACGUUCAAUGGAAAGAGUCGGCUAUCGGUCUUUAUGAACACGUUGAAUCCCCAGCGCAAACUCGAGUACAUUCACAUGCUGAUCUGGCUGCUCCAGCACGAGUUUGUGUCGCAGAUGCACCAAUAUGUGCAUUUACUGAUACCUGACGCUGAAGGAAGCGGUGUACAUGAUGGGUUGCCGCCGCCGGUUUCGCACUCCCCCGCCCUCUUAUCGUCCUACUCACCCCAGUCUUCCGAAAAGACUGACAAGGAGAUCCUCGCGCAACUCACGCGACAAGCCAACACACCCACGCCGGUCGUUGAGUUGUUUCGGCGCCUUGAACCUUACUUCCACGGCCAGCACCACCUCGUGGAAAUCAUGUGGCGCGAGAACGUCACACGGGGCGAGCUACGCACAGUCCUCAGUACGUACGCAGACAUCCUAGCGCUCGCCGACCAUGAGUGACAUCGACGACCAUCCUUUUCUCUUUGCUUUCCUCAAGUCACGAGCUCGUGCGUUGUCGCGUUUGCCAGGAAGCCUUUCCUUUCAUGGGCACUAACUAGCACUCGAUGCACGAUUUCUGAAAUGAUAGAACGCGCCGGUCGUAUUUUUUAAUAUAUCGCCAAUUGAAG